CCCCCCCGGUCCGGUCCGGUCCCCCCGCCGGUCCCCUCCGGCCCGGCCCCGGGAUGGGGGGGGCUGUGAGGCUCGGCCCCCGGAUGACGGCCCGCAGGAGCCCGAGACGGAGGGGGAGACGGGGGGAGGCGGCCACCGCCCUGCUGCCCCCGCUGGCCCUCGCCCUGGGCCUCUCUCUGGCCUGCUUCGGCCUCCUGCUGGUGGCUGUCAGUUUGGGGACCCAGGCGUCCUCGCUCCCCCAGGAGACCCUGAUGGAGGAGCGGGAGCAGGAGGAGGAAGAGGAGGAGGAGGAGGCAGAGCAAAUGCGUUCUCAGGGGGGCCCUCCCCAGGGCCCAGCCCCUCCCCUGAAGAGGAGAGUCCGCCCCCCCCCAAGUGCUGCUAAGAGUCGGAAGGCCAGAGCUCGCAGAGUGACCGCGGCCCACUACGAAGUUCACUCCCGGCCAGGGCAGGACGGGGCUCAGGCGGGUGCGGAUGGCACGGUGAGCGGCUGGGUGGAAGCGAAGAUAAACAGCUCCAACCCUCUGAGCUAUGACCCCCACCGUGGGGAGUUCACUGUCACCAGGCCCGGCCUCUUUUACUUAUACUGCCAGGUGCACUUCGACGAGGGGAGGGCGGUGUACGUGAAGCUGGAGCUGGCGGUGGACGGGGGCCCGGCGCUGCGCUGCCUGGAGGAGUUCUCGGCCACGGCGGCGGGGCCGGGCCCGGGGGGCGGGCCGGGGGCCGGGGGGUGGGCCGGGGCCGGAGGCGGCCAGCCGGGGCCCCAGGUCCGCCUCUGCCAGCUGUCCGGCCUCCUCGCCCUGCGGCCCGGGGCCAAGAUCCGAGUCCGCAGCCUCCCGCGGGCCAGGCUCAAGCCCGUGCCCUUCCUCACCUACUUCGGACUCUUCCAAGUUCAACCCCCCCGCGCCACUCUCCUGUGGCACAGAGCUGCCCGCUGCCGCUCUCUCCUGCCAGCCACGUCUCCGCCCUUCCCCGCCCCAGGGGGGCCCCCAGGGCCGAUGGGGGUCCCCAGCCGCCGGGACCCCGCCCUCUCCGUCGCCCUAUGGCUGAGCUGGGGGGCGGCGCUGGGGGUGGCCGCCUGCGUCCUGGCCCUGCUGGCCCAGAGCGGGGAGCUCCAGGCCCUGAGGGCUGAGGUGGCCAAGCUGAAGGAGGCCGGGGGGAGCCCCCUGGGCAAGAGGCCCCAGGUGCUGCCCCUCCACCAGGCGCAGAGCCUUGGUGAAUCCCCCGUCUGGAGACUCCAGACCCUGUCUCGCCAGAGGAGAGGAGCAGUCCCUUCCCACAGACACCAGCUGAAGAAGAAGCGCUCUGUGCUACACCUGGCCCCCACCAACAAGACCUCCAGAAAACAUGACGACGUGACCGAGGUGAUGUGGAUCCCGGCUCUGAGGCAGGGGCAUGCCCUGGAGCCCCACAUCCACGGAGUGCAAGUCAGAGAGACGGGGGUAUAUCUCCUUUACAGCCAGGUGCUGUUUCACGAUGUGACGUUCACCAUGGGUCAAGUGGUGUCCCGGGAAGGCCAGGGAGGAGAGCAGAUCCUAUCCCGAUGCGUCCGCAGCAUGCCUCCGGACCCCAACCUCGCCUACAACAGCUGCUACAGCGCAGGGGUCUUCCGGCUGCACCGAGGGGACACCGUGAGCCUCAUUAUCCCCCGGGCGGGGGCUUCGUUUGACCUCAGUCCCCACGGCACUUUCCUGGGGCUGGUGAGGCUCUAAGCGGGAAAAGAGGACGGGCGGCGGCGGACGAGAGGAGAGGAAGCCCGGCGCCUGGGCCGGAGAUGUAGUGGGCACCGACGGAAGGCCCCCCACCCCCCUCCCCUCUGAGAUCGGUCUCAGUUUUAACCCGAAAUUUGCUCCCCCACCCUCCGACCCUUUGGACGACUCUGAGGUGACAAGAGAUUUCAUCUGGACGGACCUGGAGGGAGGAGAGAACCAGGCCCCUUGGCUUGCUCGGGGCCCUGUAGACUGUAAGCUCGUUGUGGGUGGGGAAUGGGUCUAUGUGGUUCUAUUGUCCUCUCCCAAGUGCUUAG